GCUGGUUUUGGGGAGGUAGCAGUCAGUGAGAGAGAAGGCUGGUUUUGGGGAGGGGGCAGUGGGAGAAGGCUGGUUUUGGGGAGGGGUACACUUCCAUUGAACCCUCCUCCCUGCUCCCCGGGGACAGAUCUGGAGCCACAAGGCUGAAUUAGCUCGUUUCUGCUUCUCCAUUCAUUCCUUCCCUCCCCCUCCCCGUGCGAAGCCAGGAACAAGGGGCCACUGACACACACAGGGGGCUCUGAGUGUGAGUGCAGACUCACCCUGCAACAAGGACCACUCAGCAUCCUGGCUAUCGAUACACACAGGGAACUCUGAAUGUGAGUGCAGACUCAUCCCUGAAUCAAGGACCACUCAGCAUCCUGGCUAUUGGAAACACACAGUGGACUCUCAGUGUGAGUGCAGACUCACCCUGUAACAAGGACCACUCAGCAUCCUGGCUAUUGAAACACACAGUGGACUCUCAGUGUGAGUGCAGACUCAUCCUGCAACAAGGACCACUCAGCAUCUUGGCCACUGACACACACAGGGGGCUCUGAGUGUGAGUGCAGACUCACCCUGCAACAAGGACCACUCAGCAUCCUGGCUAUCGAUACACACAGGGGACUCUGAAUGUGAGUGCAGACUCAUCCCUGAAUCAAGGACCACUCAGCAUCCUGGCCACUGACACACACAGGGGGCUCUGAGUGUGAGUGCAGACUCACCCUGUAACAAGGACCACUCAGCAUCCUGGCUAUUGAAACACACAGUGGACUCUCAGUGUGAGUGAAGACUCAUCCUGCAACAAGGACCACUCAGCAUCCUGGCUAUUGAAACACACAGUGGACUCUCAGUGUGAGUGCAGACUCAUCCUGCAACAAGGACCACUCACUUGCCUGAUGACUUUCACAAAGAGAGGAGACUAGCAGAGCUGUAUGGAGAUAUUCCCUGCUGAGUGUGAGUGCAAACUCAGUCCUGGGACAAGCAGCAUCCUGCAUCCUGAGCCCUGACCCAGAGAGGGGAGACUGGGAGAGCAGCUAUGUAUGGUGUGUGCGGCUGCUGUGGAGCCUUACGUCCUCGAUACAAGAGACUCGUGGAUAACAUAUUCCCCGAAGAUUCCGAGCAGGAUGGACUGAUCAAAUCUAACAUGGAGAAGUUGACCUUCUAUGCGCUCUCGGCUCCUGAGAAAUUGGAUCGGAUCGGGGCCUACCUUUCGGAGAGGCUGAGCCGGGAUGUUGCCAGACAUCGCUAUGGUUAUGUCUGCAUUGCUAUGGAAGCGCUGGACCAGCUGCUGAUGGCUUGUCACUGUCAGAGCAUUAACCUCUUCGUGGAGAGCUUCCUGAAGAUGGUGGCUAAGCUGCUGGAGUCUGAGAAACCACACCUGCAGAUCCUGGGUACUAACUCGUUUGUGAAGUUUGCCAACAUAGAAGAAGACACCCCGUCCUACCACCGGAGCUAUGACUUCUUUGUCUCUCGCUUUAGUGAGAUGUGCCAUUCCAGUCAUGACGAUAUUGAAAUCAGGACUAAGAUUCGGAUGGCUGGUAUAAAGGGAUUACAGGGAGUAGUGAGGAAGACGGUGAACGAUGAACUUCAGGCAAAUAUCUGGGACCCACAACAUAUGGAUAAGAUAGUUCCAUCUCUGCUGUAUAAUCUGCAACAUAUAGAGGAGCUCGAGAGCCGAUCACCAUCACCAUUGCAAACUACAGAGAAAGAGAGAGAAAACCCAGCAGAGCUUGCAGAGAGGUGUCUGAGAGAAUUGCUGGGGAGAGCAGCCUAUGGAAACAUCAAGAAUGCAAUCAAACCCGUCCUAAUGCAUCUAGAUAAUCAUUCCCUUUGGGAGCCGAAGAUCUUUGCUGUGCGCUGCUUUAAGAUCAUCAUGUUCUCGAUACAGCCUCAGCAUUCACAUUUGGUCAUACAGCAGCUGUUGGGACACCUGGACGCAAACAGCAGAAGUGCAGCCACCGUUCGAGCAGGAAUAGUAGAAGUUCUGUCUGAAGCAGCUGUUAUUGCAGCUACUGGAUCUGUAGGACCCACAGUGCUGGAAUUAUUUAAUACUUUACUGCGACAGCUCCGACUGAGUAUUGACUAUGAGUUAACAGGAAGUUACGAUUCCUCUAUAAACAUUGGCACCAAAAUAAUCAAAGAACACGAGGAGAGGAUGUUCCAGGAAGGCAUCAUAAAGACCAUCGGGUCGUUUGCAAGGACUCUACCGACAUACCAGAGGUCUGAAGUUAUGCUCUUUAUCAUGGGGAAAGUUCCGCUUCCCUCAUUCCAUCACCCGAUGGACCCCGGGAAAGCAGGGGAAAACCGGAACCGUCUGAUCCAGAUAAUGCUGCUAAAGUCUCUUCUCCAGGUGUCCAUGGGCUUCCAGUGUAAUAACAUGCUGACGGCGCUUCCCAGCUCCUUCCUUGAUCCUCUGCUCUCUCCGGCCUUAAUGGAGGACAGCGAGAUCCGUCUCAUCGUGCUGGAGAUUCUAAUCUGCCUCAUCGAUCGUCAUUUAAACAGACGGAAAUUUUCAAGUAUCAGUACAGUACCGGAUAUCGCUGUUCUAAAGCUCAAAGUUGACAAGUGUUCACGACCGGACACUCUGUUUAUGAAGAAGCAUUCUCAGCAACUUUAUCGACAUAUCUACUUGAGCUGCAAUGAGCCGACAAACAUGCAGGCUCACUACGAGGCCAUCUAUGGCUUGCUGGUCAUGAUAAGUAUCGAAUUGGCCAAUGAAGAUAUUGUUGUGGACCUCAUUCGCUUGGUGUUAGCCAUACAGGAUAUGGCUCUGAGCAAUGAAGACAACCUUCCACCCUACAGCCGCUGUGCUUUGCAUGCUCUCUGUGCUGCGUAUCUGAACUUGAUUUGUCAGCUCACCACGGUACCCGCCUUCUGCCAACACAUCAAUGAGGUAAUAGAAAUGAGGCAGAAAGAAGCUCCUUAUCUACUUCCAGAAGAUGUCUUCUUGGAGAAGCCAAGGUGGUCAAAGAACGUGGAUCACAUCGAAACAAACUUGCUCUUCCUACAGAGUAAAGUGAGCGAGGUCCUUGGUGGCAGUGGGUACAAUUCAGACAGACUCAGUACUCCCUAUGUUCCCCAAUUAACCGAUGAAGAUCGGUUGUCAAAGAGGAAAAGCAUUGGAGAAACAAUAUCACUGCAGGUCGAGGUUGAAUCAAGGAAUAGUCCAGAAAGAGAGGAGAGAGCUCCAGCUGAAGAGAUCACGUUUGAAACACUGAAGAAAGCAAUAGUAGACAGUGUUGCAGUAGAAGAACAAGAGAGAGAGAGGAGGAGACAAGUGGUGGAGAAGUUUCAGAAGGCUCCUUUCGAAGAAAUAGCUGCUCAUUGCGGAGCCCGGGCGACAUUGUUGCAGAGCAAACUCAAUCAGAUCUUUGAAUUGACUAUCCGACCUCCUCCGAGUCCCUCUGGUACAAUCACAGCAGCGUUUGGGCAGCCUCAGAACCAGUCCAUCCCAGUGUACGAGAUGAAGUUUCCCGACCUGUGUGUUUAUUGAUAUGAAGGGAAUAUCAUUGAAGCAAAUACCAGCUAAGGAGAACAUGCGCAUCAUGAGCAGGAAUUGAUGUCAUCUCAUCCAACCCUCUACUAACAAACCAAAAUAACUGCUGCCCCCGUACCUUGGAAUGCGGGCUCCAGCUGAAUUUUCCAUAUGUGUAACGUGACGUGUUCCCUCGCUGUUUGCACUGAAGUUUGUGCAUUUCCUUCCAGUAGACUCCUCUAUUCUUGGAAACCGCGUUUUAGAAAGAUUUAGUAAACUAACAAUAAGUAAGCCCUAUUGAUAGUGUACUAUAGGAACCAAUUGUUCCCUGUAAGCAUUUUUGUGUAUUAUUUAAAACAAAACUGUUUAUUAUUCUACACGCUAUAGUAGCAUUAUAUAAAGAUUACCUCUUGUUCCCCAGGGAGAUUAUUUUAAAGUAUUAUUUGAAGGGACACAUCCUCAAAACAUGCAGAUUGCAUUGUCAGCCUCAUGUAGACUAUAUAGAACCCAGCACAUAAAUAGCAUAGCAUUCAAUGAUAUUGUUUGGGAAUGCAUGUAAGUUCCUUUGCAUGUGUACACCGGUUAUCAGAUUUUGUUGUUACCACUGACAAUGCAUUGUGCACGUGGCAUUUGUAGGUUUAUUCAGGGCUUUUCUACGGGGUGUCACUUGAUGGUGUUUUAUUCGGUCAGUGCAGUGGAGGCACCUCUAUUGGCAAUCAGUAUGACAGCCACUAGAGGGGGAACCCUGCAAAAUACAUAUUGAAGUUUCUCAAAAGCUGCAAUAUUUUACAUUGCAGUGCUAAGGGGACACGGACACUGUACACAACCCAUCUCAUUGAGUUGGAGUGGUUAGGGUACCUAUAUGAUGUCCCUUUAAGUUUGUCACAUUUAUAUAUUCAUUUGAUUACAAAAUAUUUUUAGGUAAUAUUUUUAUUUUUUUAUGUAAUUUUAUUGAAAUUAUUUUAAUUUAAAUAUUUAAUAA